UGAAAAACUGCAGUCAGUCAGUGCAGAAACUCGCUUCCGGUUUGAACAGAUACUACAGGCAGCGUUUUAAGCUGCAUCACUAACGGUAGUCGCAGCACACAGUUACUGACAAACUCCAUGGAACAAGAAGCACAAAAUGACCAUCUCUGCAGAUGAUUUAUUCAGUUCCCAGAGAUGUCUAUAUUCUAUAGUCUAUCAAAACUGCUUCCUCUCCUCUUCGUGAGGAUUGUGCUUUGUAUGGCAGCAUGUAAUAAUGCAGAAUAUGAAAUUAAUGGAGACUGUUGCCCAAUGUGUGAUCCAGGGAAGCGAGUUCAUAAACACUGUGAUAAGUUUACACCGACGACAUGUGAUUCAUGUCCCAUCAUGACUUACACUAAUGCUCCUAAUGGAUUUAUAGAGUGUCUGCCCUGUUCUGUGUGUGAUACGAGUGAUGGAGUGACAGUAAAGCAUGCAUGUACAGUAACAUCAGACACAGUGUGUGGACCUCUUCCUGGUUAUUACUGUAUAGACUCGCUCUAUAACUGUAAAAGAGCCAAGAAACAUUCAUCCUGCUCACCUGGACAAUACAUCAAGCAAACCGGAACAGAGUUCAGAGAUACAGUGUGUGAUCACUGUCCUGCUGGUUCAUAUUCAGAUGGGACACUCUGCAAAUUACAUACAGACUGUGAAUCUCUGGACAAGACAACAAUCAGAGAAGGAACAGAUACGACUGAUGCUGAGUGCAGAGAUAGAGCAACUUCUUUCCUGAAACUGAUUCUGUGUGUGUUUGUGGAGUGUGUUUAGUGUGUUUGCUGAUGUUUGAUCAAAGAUUCAGCCAUGUUUCAUGGACUUUUUUUAUGGGACAAGCUGCACUGGGUCCCAAAAAGUGUAUUAAACCUUCACUGUAAAAAAUGUAACGUAAAAUCAACAGUAGCUUACAGGCAACAAAUAGCCAGCAAGCUUCAGUAUUUUAUUCCACGGUAAUAUUACUGUAAAUCUGUCUACAGUAGUUGACAACAUACUGUAUAAUAACUUACAGUAUAUUUAUACUGUAAAAUUAAUUACAGUUCAUGUUUUGAACUGUAUUUUAAAAUACCGUAAAGUUACUCUGCAGUAUAAUUGAUUACGGUAGUUUUUAUAUUCACAUAUACGCAUAUAUACACAACAUAUAACUAACUAAAACCUUGUUACAUGCUUAAAAAAUAAUGAAAUAUAAAGGCAAAAAAAUUUCACACAGUUAUAUUACUGAUUAUUAGAUGUCACGUAAAUUAUGACAACACUCAGAACAUUUAUUACAGUUUCAUUAAAUGGUAAAAACACUCUCCAGACUUGACAGGGCCUAUGCAGAUCCCAGGUUUUUGCUGCCUAUAGAGAACAAAACACAAAAGUUUAGUUGCACUACAGCUUGACAGACAUCAAUGUGAUAAACAGACUUGAAAAUAACUUACCUCUUUAUUAACUCAUCAGCACGCUGCAAUGUCGAACAACAUACACGCUGAAAGAAAUGAAAAACAUAUUCAACACUGCAUAGACCUACACAGAGAUAUUCGUUUCACAAUGCAUCCCCUUUCUGAAUUUCCUUCUUGAUACAAUUAAUGUAAAGAUGCUCCUGACUACAUUUAAAUGUAAUGUUUGUAUUUCCCAUUAAAAGCCAAUAAAAUAUUGAAAUUA